GUGUUAGUGCAUGCAUGCUCUAUACACAGGUACCGUCCUGUAGUACUAUGUCUGGUUUUAUAUAAGGUUGUCGUGGCUCAUUUAUAGAAGCCUUUUCGUUCGUAUAAGCAGUCGUGCUGUGUUGGGCGAAUGAACAAUACAAUAUCUUGUACUUUCAGCGUGUGAUGGUGUACAACGUCUGUACCAAAGCGAAGGCACAAUAAAAAGCCCAGGUUUUUCAGAAGGACAGAACUACCAAACAGAACUGACAUGUAAAUGGAUUAUAAUCGUACCCAUGGGCUCUUAUGUCUCUCUCACGUUCAAAGAUUUCGCGCUGGAGAAAAGCAAAACAUGCGAACACUACGACAAUGUCACGAUCGUAGAGAGAUGCACAGGAACGUCAGGGAUUUCUGGGACCCUGGGAGGUAGAGCUGUUGGAUAUUGUGGUACAUUUAUACCUCCGAUGAUCAACUCGACUUGCAAGGAGUUGCAUAUUACGUUUUAUUCUGAUGAUAGUGAUACGGCUAGUGGAUUCCGCGCGAAAUACAAAAUAUACAAGGAUUCAGGUAAGAUGAAUGUGUAGUCCAAGUUGUAAAACACUAAUUGAUAACACGAGGCGACACAUCAUAUAACACAAGUUACGAAAUACAACACAACGUCAACGAGCAAAACAACUGAAUGUAGUUACAUUGCAUAACAUUACUUAACUGUAAAACUGUAUCACAGCUGAAUACAAUAAACAAUAAACAAUACAAUACAACACGACACACAAGCCACAAGUAUAUAUACAAGUUAAACGCGAUUAGUUUACAUCAUACAGUAAACCAUAAAGUUACAAUACCAUACAGUUACCAUACCAUACAAUACAAUACAAUACGCCAUACCAUACCAUACCAUACCAUACCAUACAACACACCAUAACAUACAACACACCAUACAAUACACCAUACCAUGCACCAUACCAUACACCAUACCAUAUGUCCAUAUCACACAAUACACCAUACCACACAAUACACCAUACCAUAGCAUACAAUACACCAUACCAUACCAUACCAUACCAUACCAUACAUAAACCAGCAUAUAAAGAAGUUAAACGCGAUUUGUUUCCAUCUUCACAGAUUCUCGAAUGAUCACAUGCUUUGGAGAUAAGGACUGCAACAAACAACUAACUCAUACAGCAACCGAAUCAUUCACCUUCCAUUGCCGUGUACAAGGUGAACCACGUCCCAGACGUUCCUUUGCCCGAGUUGAUGGAAAGUCGUUGCCUGCUGACGCCAUCGAUGACAACAAUGGUACGCUGACCAUUCCGCGCCUGCGAUAUCCCGACGAUACUGGCGAAUACGUGUGUGUCGCGAACAACAAGUACGGCCAGGAUUUUGCCACUGCAACACUGGAAGUGAUACGUAAGACUUGUAACUACAUUGUUUUUAGUAAACUGAUGCCGAGUGUGUUGGGUUCAUAUUUAUAAUCCACAAAUCUAGGCAACUUUUUUAUACACCUUCAGAAAAAAACCUCACAAAAACCCUAUAGCAAUGACUAGUAUAGAUUUAUUAUUUUCGCAGCAAAAUGUCACUGUCCACCUAACAUCACAACCAACUGGUUCCACAGUCCACCUUUUGUGAUCAAGGAAAAAGACAACGACCAUCCUAAGGGAAUAUUUCCACUACUCAUCGACAAAAUGAUUGACAAAUGCUGUGGUAACUGCAGUAAGGGUCAUGGUAUCUCCCAUGUUAGGUACGGGACACCCAAAGAAUCCUUGAAUGAAGUUAAGUACACGAUCAGCUCAAAACAGGUCGUACAUCUUUCAUUUCCAAUCGCAGGCAAAGAAACAGACGAAGAAUACAAGGUAUGUUGGUUGGUAUAUAUAGGUAGUUAGCUGGUUUAGUAAGAAGAUAGAUAGGUAGGUAGCCAACUUUGUUUAUUAUAACAGGCCAACCAUGCAUGCGAAUAUAGACUAACAUUAGAAUACUUUUUGGAAACUUAACAAAGCUAAGCAAUGUAAUCUAUUUACAAAAAAUCUGUGUUGUCUUAAGGGCGAGUACUACAGACCGCUGUUCAGUUCACCCGGUGUCGCAGUACUGGUGAUGAAGGAGGACCCGAGCAAAAGUGCCAGAGCAAUUCUGAACUCAGUUCUUUCUACAUGGCCUGUACUAUUGUUGACUCUGGUUAUGGCUUGGCUGGCUGGUAUUGCAAUGUGGGCCUUGGUAAGAUACUGGAAUAAUAUGUUAACUGGAAUUAUAUAACGAUAUUACAGCGCAUUAUAAAACCUUUGUGGAUUAUAACGGUUGCCAACUAACACACGCGCAUAUCUCUUUUAGGAUACUUGGAACAACCCUGAUGAGUUUCCACGUGCAUUCCAUCGAGGUGUUUUGGAAGGAUUCUGGUGGGCGUUCGUCACCAUGACAACCGUUGGGUGAGAAACUUAGUCAUUUAUUUUUUCUAUUUAGUUUCGCCAUAAUUGCCAAAAUCAACUUUCACGCAAAUAUCUUAUUAAUACUUGCGCGUAUUUUCCUAGAUAUGGCGACCGUUCUCCAAAAGGUUAUAUAUCUCGCGCGUUUGCUAUCGUGUGGAUUCUGGUUGGUCUCGUCGUCAUCUCUAUAACUACAGGUGUAAUAACAACAUCACUGACUGCAAUAACUCUCAGCACAAAUCUUAAGUUGUAUGGAGCCAAGGUACGAUAUAUAUUCUACCUCCCUAAAGUUUAAGGGAGCAAAUAAGUAUAGCUACAUAGUCAAUACUCUUGACCAACGUCUUGCUAAACAGCUCGCAACAAGUAUUUAUAAAGCAGUGAAUAAUUUAUAUCCCAACGAGCUUAAUACUAUUUUUGAACCUACCUCGCAAGUCCACUCUCACAAUCUUAGAGGUAGUUCGCACAGUAUGUUCACCCCUAGACCCAGAACGGAGGCUGGUAAAAGGAGCUUCGGCUACCGUGGGGCUGUGUUAUGGAACGAUCUUCCGGAUGAAAUAAGAAGUCAGGCUUCAAUAUAUCUUUUCAAAAAUAAACUUUCUAACUUUGAAAUUUAAUACUAAGAUUAAGUAGUUGUAAAUAUGAUAGGAUUGUAUAUAUAUUUAACUAAUUUCUUUUGUUUGUGUAUUUUUACAUGGCUCCUUGGAAGAGCACUUUAGUGAAAGGACACCAUGUUACCUAUUUAUGUAUUUUUUAAUAAAGCUUCAUUGAUACGAAAUUCUCCUUAUAUUUUUCAUGUAGUUGCAUUCCUAGCAACGAAAGCUUGUUGAUAUAGUCAGUAUGCCCGUUACCAGCCACCUCACAAUUUAGAUACUUCGCAUUUCUAGUUGUCAAUGAUAGUGAAUUGGGUUUCAACGGACAUAAAAACUUUCAUAUGAACAUGAAAUCUAUUUUAACUUUAGAUUGGCGCUAUGGAAAACUCUACAGAAUAUCGUAUUGGUGUGAAAAAGAAUUCCAAGGUUUUUGGUACGGUUAUCUUAAAUUGGUGUACUUCCUACAGUGCUUAUGAAAUGAAAUUUUCUAUAACAUAUUUUAUUUCCACAUGUCAGAAUGCAUGUCCGGGAUGCAUUGAAACCGAUGUGUCGUUAUGAGUACGUCGCAGAAAUCUACACCCAUCCGGAAAGUGUGUCAACACGGCUAUAGAGCGUUUCCACUCAUUCCCCCAGGAACCAACUCAGCAAAAGCCAUGGCGGCCAUGUUGGUGUUCCAGACAAAAGAGUCUAAUUAAAAUUCUUUUGAAUUGGAACACCGACAUGGCGACUGUGACGUCAUGUGCAAACGCUCUAUAGAGCCUCGUUUUCGUAAUUGUGACAUUGAGCUUUAACUAACGAAAGCGAGGCUCUGUAGCUAAGGUCAAGUACUUUCCGGUAGGGUGUAUAUAAACGUGUAUUGACUUCAAUUAUAACUCCAUACAUCCAGGAUUUCAAAGGUAACUAACAAUUCCAAGCAAUUUCUUUGCAGAGUUCAUUGAGUUCGGAGCAAUGUUCAGGGCGCUGGAGGAUCGCACAUUGGCUGGCAUACUGCUGGACAGCUUCGUUGCAGGCGCAUACCGUGGACAAAUUUCCUCGCAUGUACGAGUGAACAAGAUUAUUUCCUACGAUUCCUCUUACGGCAUCGUGUUCCGCGACGCAAUGUCAAGUCGAGAACUACAGACAUGUUUUAAUAACUAUGUCUCGGGCAAGAAAAGCGAAAUAUCGACAAUUGUCAAGGACAACACCUCGCCUGUAAAGGUAAGAGCCUCAUUUUGUGUUCAUAUGAGAAACGAGCCAAGCAGCUGGGUGAGAUCUCGCCAAUUUUGACCUAUAUAUAAUAAUAUAUUUGACAACACAGUUGGAAAAUACAAACAAUUCCGUUUCAGGAGCCAAAGAAGAGUGCAUCAGAAGAAGUCACCGCUGGUCUAUUUGAUACAAAAACACAAUUGUAUAAGAAUGUGUUGUUCUCCUGUAUCGGGAUGUUGGCGUUUAUUUCAGCUUGUGGCUUGAUAUGGGAUUACGGCUAUCGAAGGCACUUCAGAAAGAACAGCACUGAAUUCGGUAUGUUAUCUGACUGAUCUAUCUUCAUUUAAUAUGGUACUUAUUACCAUCAAGCCCAUUUUAUGUUACAGCAUUAGAUCCAACCAACAACUUCUUCUUCAACCACCUUCUGUGAAGACCUUGGCCACUUUAGCUGAUCGCGCAUUUGUUUCUGUAGCACCUAUACCCUUUGGAAUCCCCUACCUCCACACAUCCGGAGGGCUAAAAGUUCUGUUCACAAUUUCAGAAGACUUUUAAAGACGUAUUUAAUUAUAAAGCAUAUUUGUAAGAUAAUCUUUUAGACUUUUUAACAUUGAACAUAAAAUAGUUUUAUUAAUUUCUUGUAUUAAUUCUUCAAUAUAAAUUGUUAUGCGCAUGUGGACAUAUUCAAAUGGCACAUUGCGCACUAUAAAUGUAAAUUAAUAUUAUUACUAUUAUUUACACAUGCGCUUGUUUUCCCCCACAGAUGAGCUAGCAAUCCUGGCAGGGCCUGGGUACGAGACAGUCAAGGCCAACAUGGAACUGUUGGACACACUGAUGCAAGAAGUUCAAGACUUUAAUGAUGUUUGGACGGAGAAACUGGACGAAAUUAUGAAGAAACACGACGUGGAGUAUAAUCGGUUUUCUCAACAACAUGCAAGGCCAUAAACGUUGUGUGUUUUUGUAUUUAAUAUGUAUUUAUAUUGCAUUCACUAUAUAUAUCAUGUUUAAUUUAUAUAACUUUUACCACACCAUUUUUCAGUCAUUGAAGUCGCCCACCAACAAGUAACAUUUAUGGGCUAAAUAGACUAGAAUUAACUUAUUUAUAGAAAGUGCAAAUAGUUUGUAUAUAGUUUUUCAAUAUAUUAUUGUGUUGCACAUAAUUUCACGAUGACAUUGUAAUAUUAUUCAAUAAUAUUCACUACUAUGACAUAUAAUAAAAUUACUAUUCACAUGUAUGGAGUUUUAGGAUAUUAAACAGUUUGUCAAUCAUUGAAGUCGUCAUUUAUGUUAUUAAACGCGCGAAAUUUUGCUGCCAUUCAUAUGUUAUAAUUCGCUAUCCCCAGUUGCUACCACCUUAAAUUAACCCAUUAAGUAAAAUUUUAUAAUUACACUUUAUAUACAGUUUCUUUAAAAUUUAAAUAUUAAAAUUUCGCAGUACCACCACUAGUAUACGCACUUUCAAAUAAAACCUAAUAGAUCUGCCUCCACAUCUUACUGACUAGCUUAAUUCAUACUGGUUCACUUCAAAACCACCAAAGACAACUGCCCACAGAUAACGCCACCGAUAACGAGGAAUAUUUUUCAUCGACGCAAAUCUUUUGGUAUUUUGACAUAGCGUCCACACGUCAGCACCGAAGUUACCCGUCGAACUUCCCUGCACCGUAUUUCAUCUUGAAUCGCCAUUUUGUAAUUGAAUGGUUCCAAAUUUUGUGAAUGAAUGCAAUCCCCAAGAUUGACAUUCGCAGACAAAUUUGGCUGACGUUUCUUUAUCUCAAUUUACGUUUGUUUAUCCCAAUUUAUAGACAAGUGUGUCAAUCACCCACACAUAUAUAGAUCAGUGUUUCCGCGCUAUAACAAGAUAGAUACGUCUCACCUGUCAAGAGAACUGGGAACGAGGUGCUAGGUGUAGUUGAAAUUCGUCAUCUUGCAAUAAGUUUUUUGAAGCAAACCUUGACCUCCUGCCUCGAUAAGAUAAUCCACUCAGGUCGUUGUCUUUUGAUAACUCGUUCAACAUUUUUAAC